AUGUCCGCCAGACGCACGGCCCGCCUGGUUCUGCGGCUUCCUCAGGACAGCAACCAGCGCUCGUCACCAACUCCUCGACACAAUUCAACCCCACCGCCUGUCCCUCCUCGACAAGUAUCCACAGCACCUUCAAGACCCUCGCCCUUAUCCAACUCGAUCCAUCUCCCUCCCGAGCUCAGCCCGCCGUGGCCGUGGAAUCCUGCGGAGACACAGCUUAUCCGCGCGGGCUAUCAACCCGCCUACAAACCUCCGAAACCAGCAACACCUCCCCCCAAACCAGAGGCUUCCUCCUCAAGCAAACGCGCCCGUAAACCCAAGCCUGCCAUGGCGGAACCCCGUGCCCGUGCCGCCCGGCACAAGGGCCAGAUGAAUUUCUCAUCAGAGCUCCGUCUCCUGCUCCUCGCCUACGGUGACCCAAGUCCCCACCCCUCAUUCCCCUCCGAACCCCUCCCCGAAACAGUCCGCGUCCUCGACGAAAUCGUCACAGACUUCAUCCUGGAACUCUGCCACGGCGCUGCACAAGUCGCGCACCACGCGCGCCGACAAAAGAUCAAGGUUGAUGAUUUCCGGUUCGCGCUGCGCCGGGAUCCGAACAAACUCGGUCGUGUGCAGGAGCUGCUGCGCAUGGAGCGCGAGUUGAAAGAAGCGCGCAAGGCGUUCGAUCAGAAUGAUGACCAGGUUGCUAAGGAUGCGGGGAAGAAGGGAGUUGUUGUGCCCCCGGAUGAACUUGAUGGGGCGGAGAGUGUGGCUGGUACGACUACUACGGGGAAGAAGAGUAAGGGGAAGGGGAAGAGAGCUGCCGCGCCGAGGAGGGAGAGUGAUGCGACUGAGGAGUCGGUUUCAAAGAAGAGGAAGACUAUUGGAUGA